CUUAUGUGAGGCGAGAAGUUUGUUGGCUUUAUGGUGUGAAUGGAGGAACUUGGUGGAAAGAGUGGCGUUGGAAACAUGGCCAUUUGCCAAGGCCUGAUUCUGGUGGUAGUGGGCUAUGCCGCAAGAGGACUAGCCAAUUUCGCGCCCACAACCAUUAUUCCAACGUUGCCGAGUGGAAUUGUUUCUUCUCUAACCUUCAAAACCGCACUCAGAACUUGAAGCUUCAGUCUCCGGCCAGACGGUUAAAUCGAUUGUGCUCCUGUUCACUUCACCUUCUUCAACAAAACCACAUUCAAAAUGAAGCUCCUCGCUGCUUACCUCCUCCUCGGCCUUGGUGGAAACACCUCCCCCUCUGCCGCCGAUGUCAAGGCUGUCCUUGAGUCCGUUGGCAUUGAGGCCGACUCUGACCGUCUCGACAAGCUCAUCUCUGAGCUCGAGGGCAAGGACAUCAACGAGUUGAUCGCCUCCGGUUCCGAGAAGCUCGCUUCCGUUCCCUCUGGUGGUGCUGGUGCCGCCGCUGGUGGUGCCGCCGCUGCCGGUGGUGCUGCUCCUGCUGAGGCCGCUGCUGAGGAGGCCAAGGAGGAGGAGAAGGAGGAGUCUGACGAGGACAUGGGCUUCGGUCUCUUCGACUAAGCGCAUCGUUUCUGGGCAUAGACAAAAAAAC